AUUAUUAUUGAUUAUCUUCAGCCUCCCAUUAUAACAACAAACACCACCUCAAAGAACACAAAAAGCAGUGGUGUUUGCUGUUUAGUUCACCUCACCCUUCUAAUCUCACUCACCGCCACCGUUAUGUUCUGACACAGAAAAUUUUUCAUCCAAGACAAGUCAACAUCUUUUACAGAAAAAAGUUGUACCAAGGUAUAGCUCAAGCUCAUUACAAUUUACAUAAACCAAAAAAGAAAUCUUGCUGAAUAGAAUAGAAUGGGACACAUUCAAGACAAAUAAGCAGACCAAGUUACACACUUACACUUACACCACACUCUCACACAAACUCUCUCUCUCUGCAUUCAAUGCUGCAAGCAACCUUAUUUGGACAACAUUACAAGCAUACAAUCAAAUAAGCAUCUUGGUAUCUUCAGCUAAACAUGGACAAUACCUGGAGACUUGCUUUUCUUAUGAUCCUCACCCUUCAUUCAAACACAAUAGUAGCUGAAUUUGGUGUUGUUGGUGGUGUAGGUGUUGGUGUUGGUGUUGGCAAUGGUGGUGGAGGAGGAGUGGUUUGGGUUGGGGGAGGGGUUAACAACCCACAACCCUCUGGAUCUUCUUCAGAAUCAAAGCUGGAUGGAGCUUACACAGCGCUACAGGCAUGGAAAUCUGCAAUCACUGAUGACCCAAAGAAAAUUCUAGGAACAUGGGUUGGUCCAAAUGUGUGUUCUUACAAAGGGGUUUUUUGUGAUUUUACUGAAGAUGAAAUGGGUGCAUCUGCAUCAGCAUUCCCUGUAGUUGCAGGCAUAGAUCUCAACCAUGCAAAUCUCCAAGGAACCCUUGUCAAAGAGCUAUCUUUACUCACUGACAUGUCCCUUUUCCACCUUAACAGUAACAGGUUCACUGGUACUGUUCCUGAUGAAUUCAGAGACCUCGACACUCUUGAAGAAUUUGACCUCAGCAACAACCAAUUCUCAGGUUCUUUCCCUUCUGCUACUUUGUACAUGCCAAGCCUCAUCUACUUGGACCUCAGGUUCAACUACUUCUCCGGGACAAUCCCUCAAGAACUCUUCUACAAGAAUCUUGAUGCACUGUUUCUCAACAACAAUCAAUUUGAAGGUGAAAUCCCUCAGAAUCUUGGAAAUUCCCCUGCAUCAGUGAUAAAUUUAGCCAACAACAAGUUGAGUGGGAACAUCCCAGCAAGUUUUGGAUUCAUGGGUUCUAAAUUGAAGGAGAUUCUGUUCCUGAAUAACCAGUUAACUGGUUGCAUCCCUGAAGGAGUGGGGCUAUUCACUGAGAUUCAAGUUCUGGAUGUUAGCUACAAUACUCUCAUGGGUCAUGUGCCAGACACAUUGUCUUGUCUGCAAGACAUUCAAGUCCUUAACUUGGCACAUAACAAGCUUUCUGGGGAGUUAUCAGAUGUAAUAUGCUCUCUGAGGAGCCUUGCAAAUUUGACUGUUGCUUACAAUUUCUUUUCUGGGUUCAGCCAACAAUGUUCAAGGCUUUUCUUCAGGAAUGUGGGUUUUGAUGUCUCACUUAACUGCAUUCCUGGAAGGGACAUGCAGAGACCUCAACCUGAGUGUUCUGUGAUCCCAGGUGGUAGUCUAAGUUGUCUCAGAAUUCCAACACCAAAGCCUCUUGUUUGCGGUUCUCUGGCUGUAAGUGCUUCUAAGCACACUAAUUCUACUUCAUCAUCUCCUUGAAUAGUAAUUAUUACAGUAUACUUUAUUAGUUACAGGUUGGUCAUGGCUUCUCCACUAAUUAGUGUUACCAAUCUCAAUUUACACACCUGCUAAUUUAAUUCUUCAUAGAUUCAUUCA